CUAGCCCCUGGGCCAGACACCGAACAGUAGACAACACACACGUAACCCCGCAACAUGCAACUCGGACUCUGGUUUGGCAUUUUCGCCAUCGCUGCGGCACCGCUGGUAAGCGCUAACUACGGUCAAGGUGGAGGUGGCCAUGGUGGUCCCGGCCAUGGACAUGGACCCAUUCAGUAUCUACCCAGUGGCCCCUCCGGUGGCCUCGAGGAGUACGUGAACGUGGCGACGGGCGGCUCGCAGCCAGCGGCCAACCAGAUCGCGGCCCAGGCCGAGAUCCAGCCCACGCAAGAGGAGGCACGUCGCCUGGGUCGUGUCCAGGCCCAGCUGCAGGCUCUGAACUCCAAUCCCACCUACCAAAAGCUGAAGAACUCCGAGGACAUUGCCGAGUCGCUGGCCGAAACGAAUCUCGCCAGCAACAUCCGCCAGGGCAAGAUCAAUGUGGUCUCGCCCCAGUUUGUGGAUCAGCAUCUGUUCCGUUCCCUGCUGGUGCCAUCGGGCCACAACAACCAUCAGGUGAUCGCCACCCAGCCCCUGCCCCCCAUCAUUGUGCACCAGCCGGGUGCACCGCCAGCGCAUGUCAACAGCGGACCCCCCACCGUGGUGCGCGGCAACCCCGUGAUCUACAAGAUCAAGCCCUCGGUCAUCUACCAGCAGGAGGUGAUCAACAAGGUGCCCACCCCGCUCAGCCUCAACCCCGUCUACGUGAAGGUCUACAAGCCGGGCAAGAAGAUCGAGGCACCUCUGGCGCCGGUCGUUGCCCCCGUCUACGGACAGCAGCAGUCGUACGGUAACCAGCCCCAGUCAUACGGUGGCUCUGGUGCCGCCUCCGCUGCCGGUGCUGCCUCCUCCGCCGAUGGCUAUGCCAGCGGCAACGAGUCACCCCUCUACAACAGCCCCUCCCCCUACGGCCAGGCCAACUACUAAGCCAGCUUAGAGUUGGUUCCUGCUC